GACUGGUGUCUUCUACCAGGCGAUUCCUGCUGUCGGAGCUGAUGGGAAGAACAUCAUGAAGCUGAUUCCUGUACAGAUGGUCAGCAGACAAUUUGUCAGUUCUCAAAUGAUUCAACCCAAAAUGAAUCCUACACCGCAGAAACCUGUGGCCAUAAACACUGCCCCAGCACCUGUUCGGGCUCAAAUAAGCCACCCCAAAACGAAUCCUACCCCACAGAAAGCUCUGGCCAUACAAAUGGCCUUGGCCCCUGUUCAGUCUCAGACGAUCCACCCCAAAACAAAUCCUACAGCACAGAAAGCUGUGACCAUCAAGACUGUCCCAGCACCUGUAAAGAUGUCGGCUUUGAAUCCUUCCACCACGCAGCAGAUCGUCAAUAAGCAGGUUUCACUCACGAAUGCCUUCCCUAAUCAAGCAGGUUGGAGUCGUGGUCAGUCACUAAACAAGCAUCCACUUCAGCAACAGGAUGUAAAUUUAAUGGCGGUAGUUCCCCUGGCUGUAACACCUGCAACAAACAGUGGGACAUUAGGAAGACUCCCAGGUCAUCUCCCAGUCACAGUGAAAUUUCCAGCACUCCCCAGAGGACCGUACCUUCAGAUUCCCUCCAGCUCACAAGUCCCAGCGUCUGAACGACCUCACUGUAUCAAUCAGCCAACUUUUACUCCCUUGUCAUCCAGCUCCUCUCCAAGCUUAUCCAGUCUGCUCUGUGUGUCACCCACCACCACUGUCAGUCCAAACACUGCUCCACAAAGUGAUUCUGCACUUUGCGAGACAUCAAAUAUAACUUCAUGUCCCUCUAAAGGAUCAAAACCACAUUUAAAAUUAAUUCCAAAGGCUUCCCAAAGGCCCAACAGCCCCAUAAAGUGGGUCAUAGAGGAGGAGGAGGACAGCUCAGCCACUCCAGCUCCAGAUCCUCUUCAUUCCUCUGUUACGUCAGAGGCUCUUCGAGCUGUUGCAGAGAGAGGAAAUGCCAGCCAGCACUGUGAUGUCCUUCCAAAACCAGUUCCUCUGUGGCGUCGGGGCAAAAGUGGACAAGGAAAGGAGGACGCCUUGAUCACGGACAAUGGUAAAGUGUUUUUUGUGGCCAAAAAUUGCAGCUUGCGGUCCAAAAUGGCAGCAGAGGAGUCACCCACAGCAACAAGAAAAAGUCAUGAAUUGGACAAAACAGUCGUAUCUUCACCCAAACAGUCACUCGAGUCAGCUGCACCUCAGAUGAAGCAGAGCCUCCGAGUUCCUCAUGAGUCCGAUGAGGUGAUUGAUCUUUGUGAUGAUGAUGCUUCUGAUGACUCAUCUCAACAGGCAGCAUCAGCUCAGGUGUCAGCACUCACUCUUCCAGAUGAAGACAAUGUAAUAUUUGUGUCCUAUAUUCCACCCAAAGCUGAGUCUGCGUCAACACCAGAUUUGAGACCACAAACACAAAUGACACAUGUAAAGGAAACGGACCAGACGGGCGCAACAUGCUCCGACGAGGUGACGGAACAACAGAGCCGGAAUGCUCCAGCUGACGAUGACAUCUCUGCUGUUAGAAGUGAACCUGACCAGAGCAUGUCAUACCACACGGUCAGAAACCUGCCACAUGUUUGUGAUUCACCACUGAUUAACAUGUAUGAUAAUGAGGGCUCAAACACCAGCAGUCAGCAGAGCGCCUCCAGCCACCAGCCGGAGAACAUGAAAGCUGACGCAGAGUCAAGAAGGCCAGCAGAUCCCAGCACGUCCAACAGCAGCAGUGGAAAAUUUUCUCCAAUAGAGAUGGACACCUACAAAGUAGAGAGCUCUAUGUAUCCAGCAGCAAGUUGGACAUCCUCGCCAGAAUCCUGUCAAAGGGCUGAUAGUCUGCUGAGACAGUUAUUUGGGAUUACAGCUAAUGUGGAAGUUAGCCUGCAGAGGAUCGAUGGAGCCUCAGACUGGUGUCCUCCUGCUGAUCCUCUGCAGAGUGAGUCCAUCAGCUCAGAGCAGGAUCAGCAGGAACCAGCCAGCGGGCUCAAAGAGAAAGACAUUUUACAGGACCUUUGCUGUCCACAAGACAUGGACAAAAGAGUGAAAGUAAGUGAACAGGAACUGUCUGAAAACCAGAGUCCCCACACAGAUAACAGACCUUUCAAAUGCUCACAUUUCAAAGUGAACACUAAAGCUCUCUCAGUUUUGAAGAAAAAGUGCCUCUCAGGUAACAGUCCUCUCAGGGGGACAUCUUGUGUUGUUGAAACUGAGCCAGUGAUUGGCUACAUGGAACCCAUCGAUGAAGACUUCCUCAGCACAGAUGAAAAGGACAUCCCAAACUCUCAGGACACAUCUGUCCGGCCACAGACUCAGACCUGCCCGGAUCUGAACACAAACACAAGGAGACUGGGCAGGACCAGGAAGCGCACAAUGUGUCCAUGUUGCAUCCCUGGAGCUCAAGAUGCUGCAGCCAAGUCCAGCACAAAGACACAGGAGCCAGACAGGUGGACAUGGAGGACAGAGAGGACAAAUAAAAGAGGGGGAAGAGCAAAGACUUUAAGAAAAGAUGUCAAAACAUCUGGAAGCAUCAGUUGUCCAACAGAGAAGAGGAGGCACUACUGCAGGACUCCUGAUGAGGUUUCUGCCUCAGUGGACAGUUUGUCCACAGUAUCAGUGGACUGUGAGGAACUAGAAAAGCAGGAGCAGGUCAGAAGACUCAGAGAGCUGUUGGCAGAGAAAGAGGCAGCUCUAGAACUGAUCCGAAAAGGCUUGAGUUGAGACUAAAAGCUCUAAUAUUCUAACAAAAUUAACUGCUUUGUUUUAGUACUUCAUAUUUGAAUACUUCUGUUUGUUUGAGUUAACAAGAACUAACACAGCUGUCACAGUGGAUGCAGUACAGUUACAUGUACACAGGGCUGUUUUGGGGAAAAACAUGUAAACGUGUGAUUUGGCUUCAGUGGCUUUACUCUGGUAGAUUGAUGUCUGAGGUUUAUAUUUCAUCUACCUCUUUCAGAGUGCUGUGAGAGCUGCUGCAGACACUUACAGUUUAGCCGGUUCCCACAGUCAUGACAUUCUGGAAAAGUUAUAGAAGUAGAAAUGUUGUUUUCUGGGCUUGGAAAUGUUUUAGAAUUAACAAAGUUUUUGAAAACUGUUGAAUGUACUUUGUUUUGUGUAUUGUUUAAAAAUAUGUUCAGAAAAUCUAACAUUACACGAAAUAUGUUGCAUUUAAAAUCUAGUGCUGCACUGUGACAGUUGAUAGGACCUGAGGUCAUCUAUCCCCUAAAAAGAAGCAGGGUCUUAAUGUUUUGCAAAGUACCUGUUUUUGGCAUUCUGGUCUUUUGGAAUAUGUUGGUUGGUGGCAGAAAUGUCUAAUUUGUGAGUUAAAAUAACAAGCACAGGACUUUGCUUUGCAAACACCUGAUAAGUUCAUAUCAUCCAGAAGUUUUGAAUCCACAGUUCCUCUGUGAAAUCGUAGACUAUCACCUCCCAGAAAUCUCUCAUA